GAACAGUUCACUCUGGACUACUUCCACUGCUUGCCCUUCAGAACUUUCAAUUUGUAUUGCCAUUAUAAUGAGUUCAUUCUUCAGAUCAUUUUGUUGAUUUUUUUUUUUCCCUUCAAAUUUAUUUUUCGCUUGAAGGUUUAUGUAAUUUAUAUAAUUUUUUUACAUUCAAAAAAUCCCAAUUUAUUUGGAUAUUUUAGGAAUCUUUGUAGAAAGUGUAGGAUUCUCAAAAUCAAAUAUGGGGAAUAUGGAUGGGAAGGCAGUGGAGGAACUAAGUGCGACAGAGAUCCACCAAUGGUACAAGAAAUAUAUGACGGAAUGUCCUUCUGGCCAGCUUACACACCAUGAGUUCAAGCAGUUUUUUGGUCUCAAGAACUUGAGUCCAGCCUCCAACCAAUACAUCAAGGAAAUGUUUAAUACCUUCGAUUUCAACAAGGAUGGAUAUAUGGAUUUCAUGGAGUAUGUAGCAGCUUUGAGUUUAGUGCUGAAAGGCAAGGUUGAGCAGAAGCUGAAAUGGUACUUUAAGCUUUAUGAUGUGGAUGGAAAUGGCUGCAUUGAUAGAGGAGAGCUUCUGAAUAUCAUCAAGGCUAUUAGGGCCAUAAACAGGUGCAACGAGGACAUGACAGCAGAGGAAUUUACAGAUAUGGUCUUUGACAAAAUUGAUAUCAAUGGAGAUGGUGAACUAUCACUGGAAGAGUUUAUAGAGGGAGUACAGAGAGAUGAAUUCCUUCUUAAUGUGUUAACUCGCAGUCUGGAUCUCAAACAUAUUGUCCACAUGAUCCAAAACGAUGGUCAGAAUAUUCAUAUGGAAUCAACCAGGCAGGAACUCAUCAACGGAGAUGUACACUAAUGAACAUUUGAACCUAUGUAUGUAUUAUAUUAAAUGUACCUGUUUCUUCCUGUAUAUUGCCUGCAACCCAUGCUUAGAAAUGGUGAGCAUUUAUGCUUGGCCACUACAGGAUAUUUGUUACCAUCUAAAGAUUCCAAAACAUCUCUAACAUGGGAUAAAGUUUAGAUAAUGUGAAACCAAUCAAAACCUGGGCUAAAACCCAGUAAGGAAUGCUGCAUUAGCAGUGUUGCCAAAAUUGCAAAAAUGAUUUGCCUCUUUAGAGAUUCAUGAUAAUCUUUCAUUGCCAAUAUAUGUUGACAGUAAAAGGUUUAACUGAAUAUAUAACAAAUUUAUGGUGAAAUGAUUAUCAGACAGCAAGUCAGUGAUAUCACUGACACUAUGAAUACCUGUAUCAAUCAUUUCCACUGUGGAACUCUGGUUAUUUAAAAAAAAAAAAAAAAGGUUGAGAAGAAGACUGAAUACCGGAAUGAAACCUGCCUUGUCAAGACACAAGAGCAAUGCACUGGUUUGGAUGAGUUGCCACUGUAUGAAGAGCAGAGCUCCCGUGCUACAUUUUAUUGUAUGAAGCUGUAUAAAAAGUUAUGAAGGCUGUUAUGAUGCCACGUGUACCGUCAUAUGUGCUUCUAUCGUAUGUGUGGUCUGUUGGAAUGAUGACAGAAGUUAGUCUCGCUAACAAGAGGACAAUGCUAAUGAACUUCUCCCAUUUACAAUUCACUUAUUUGAUUUAUUCUUCAGACAACAAACUGUAUAUCUUCUAUAUCAGCCUUUCUUCAUUUUUCAGCCUGUUGUCACUGAGAAACAUUGUAAUAUUCAUGUAUACAUAUAUACUGAACUCCUUGAUGAAUAUUCAGUUACAAUUAAAUGGACAACAUGGCCAUGUCUGUUAUUAACCACUAUCCAAUUAACUUAUUCUAUGAAUUAUAUUCACAUUCUGUUGUUUUUCUCCAAAAGUCUUUCCCUAUCUGUCCUUCUGAAUUAUAUUUUGGAAUCACUCUCCACCAGACUUUGGUAUGUCAACACUUCUAUCUAUAUAUUUGUCUAUCUCACUCUCUACAUCUCUAUCUAUGUCUAUCUAUCUAUCUAUCUAUCUAUCUAUCGAUCGAUCCAUCGAUCGAUCUAUCUAUCUUAUCUAUCUAUUUAUCUGUCUGUGUCUCACCAAGUCUCCAGUAAAGGCUCACUCUUCUGCCUAUAACAGCCACUUUUCACGUCGGGAGAAACCCUUAUCUACUAGGAUGCCAUCAGGUCUUAAAGUGAGAGAAACAAGGCAAGGGUUCUGGGCAGGCAGUGGGAACUGGAACAUAUGACAGGAAUAAAGGGGAAUGAGAAAAUUUUAGUUGAGGAACAGACCAGGGUCAAACCAAACAGUCAGAGCAGUACAGAAUCAGGAUCCAGAAGUGUACUUGUAAAAAACAGACAAUGGUCAGUACAGAUAGGAAUGUUCAAGGAACAGUAAAUCAGAUGAGAAAAUACACCAGGAACUAAAAUAGACCCAUGUUGGCCAAUGCAAAAAGGGACCCCCCAGGUAUUAUUACAGUCUCUAUCAUCUGUCUGUGUCUCUCUCUUUCCAUAGCUAUCUAUCUAUCUAUCUAUCUAUCUAUCUAUCUAUCUAUCUAUCUAUCUAUCUAUCUAUCUACUGUAUCUAUCUAUCCUGUCUCCAUCCCAUUCUAUAUAUUUUCAUCUAAUCUACUCUUCCAUAUCUACUGUAUAUCUGUCUAUCUUUUUACGAAUCCAUACCUCCAUUUGCAUAUGUCUCACACAUACACUCUAUCCACUUUUUUAGCUACCAAUCUAGCUAUCUCCCUAGCUAUUUACCUGUAUCUAGUUAUCUAUAUCAUAAGGACUUCAUCAUAAUACCUAUCCUUCACACAUACAGUACCUCUUUUUCCUAAAUAAAUAUCUGAAUGACAGCAACUUUUUUAUCUGUACAUCUGUACAAAAGACGGAAUUUUAUACAUGUUAAUUUAAAGGAUUUCUAUCAAAGGUGUAAUCACAAAAGAAUCAAUCAAUCUGGUAUAAUCAAAGCCUCACAAUAUAUCUGGGUAAAUUCACUAACUGGCUAACUGUUCCAAAAAUGUUUUUGUACAAUCCCACACCUAAAGGAGAAUUGAUUUACAUAUUGUAUAUGUAUUAUUAAAGUCCUGUUUCAGUUUAAUGAGCUGAGAAAAAUGUUGUGUAGUGUGAUUAUUCAAUUAAAUAAACUAUUAUGUUGA